ACCAAAAGGACAACUAUGGGUAACUUCAGUCAAGUUUCCCAUUUCACCCUGGGAGCCUACUUUGACACUGGCCCUUUUAAAUGGCUGUCUUUCCUCAUUAUAAUGUCUGUGUAUAUUCUUAUAGUGCUUUCCAACCUGCUCCUCAUUGUUGUUAUAUGUUUGAACAGGACGCUACAUGAACCAAUGUAUUUGUUUCUCUGUAGUUUAUUUGUGAAUGAACUUUAUGGCAGUACUGCGUUGUUCCCAUUUCUCCUGCUUCAAAUUCUCAAAGAUUUUCACACAAUUCCAGCUCCGUUUUGCUUCUUACAAAUCUUUUCUAUGUUUUCUUAUGGACACGUCGAAUUUCACACAUUAGCUGUUAUGUCAUAUGACCGAUACUUGGCUAUUUGUUUCCCUCUGCAUUAUCACUCAAAAAUGACUCACACCAAAGUUUUCAUCCUCAUUGCUUUGACCUGGCUCUUGUUAUUUAUAGCAAUCAUUAUUUUGAUUUCUCUCAGUGCCCCCUUACCAUUGUGUGGAAAUAUUAUUAACAAAGUGUAUUGUGAUAACUAUUCUGUUGUAAAACUGGCCUGUUUCGACACCACUGUUAAUAAUAUAUAUGGGUUUAUUCAUUUGUUCCUGAUCACUUUGUCACCGUCAAGUCUGAUUCUUUUUACUUAUUUUCGUAUAUUUAAAGUGUGUUUCCGAGGCUCCAAACAGACACGGCAGAAGGCUCUCAGCACCUGCACACCUCACCUGGCCUCUCUGCUUAAUUUCUCUUUUGGGGUCGGUUUUGAAAGUAUUCAGAGCAGGUUUAAUAUGAGUUCUGUCCCAAAUCUCGUCCGAAUUAUACUUUCUCUGUACUUUUUAACAGUGCAGCCGCUGUUUAACCCCGUCAUGUAUGGACUGAAAAUGUCCAAAAUACGGAGCUCGUGUAAAAAGACACUUUUUUGUCUGAGUUUAGCUGGAGAAAGUUGUUUUGCAUCCACACACUGAUCUGUUGGAUGAAGUGGCAGAGUGAAUCCACUGGUCCAUAUUCACCUGCUGCAGUGAGACAUAGAUCUGAGUGUCAUCUGCAUAGUUGUGGUAGGACACAUUAUUGCUGCAUAUUAACUGGCCUAACAGCAGCAUGUAGAGACUGAACAACAGGGAUCCUAGGAUUGAACCCUGGGGCACCCCACAGGUC